UCGAGAGUAUAUGCAUGUAAACAAAAAUAAACUGAACGCUAAAUAAAUGUUUUUUGCUAGUCUAGAUUAUGUAAAACUCUAAAUUUGAAAAUAAUGAGAUUCGCUUAGUAAUUAAAAUGUAUAACAUGAGAAAUAGUAUUUGGCGCAUUUUAUCAACUUGCAUAUUCAAAUAUCGUUCUUUCAAUUCUUACUGUAAAUGUGUGCAAUGUAAAGAAACGUAUCUAAAAUAUAAAAGACAAGAUUCAUCUGUUUUCAGUAUAAAACUCACUCAAUCAGAAAACAGGUCAUUCAGUUCAAAACAUAAAAAUUUUAUGUUGGCUGGCAUUUUGACAUGGCUUGGACUGAAAAAGGAAGCAGAGGAAGAAGAUCCUAUGAUAUCUGUCAUGAAACUAGGAAUUCUGAAUUUACAAAAAAAGGAAUAUGAUACUGCUGAAAAUAUUCUUCAUUUGGCUCUAAAACUAGCUCAAGAAAGGCAAGAUAUGCAAGCUCAAAGAUACAUUUUUGAUGUACUAGCUAAUGUUGCUUUUGAGAAAGGUGACUAUCCAAAAGCAGAAAAGCUUUUUAUUCAAGUAACCAAAGAACUUUUAGCUUCAGGUACACCUUUUGAUGACAAUGCCAUUGUUGAAAUAUCUCUGAAACUUGCUUCUAUUUAUAGUCACCGAGAGGAGAGAGAAAAAGCUGAAAAGGGUUUCCAGUUUUGUAUAAACACACAACAAAAUAAAUUAGAUGCAAUGAACCUGAACAAUGUUAAUGAUCUUUCUGAUCAUGAAAAAGACACUGUUCUUUUAUGGGCUAUGUGUGUUGAUUGGUAUGCUAGGUAUUUAUUAGCUUCAGGGAUGCUGAAAGAAGCCAAAGAAAAUUUCCAAAAAGCUCUAGACAUUUCUGAACGAAUUAAUGGCAUAUCUCAUCCACAAACUUUAGUUUUAUUGAAUGACAUUGGUAGUGUACAUAGUUUACUUAAUGAAUAUGAUUUAGCAGUUGAGAAUUUUAAAAAAGCUAUUAAGCGAUCCAACGAAAGUGAAUCUCCUGAUCUGCCAGCAUUUUAUUGCAACUUAGGAGCUACUUACUUGCAGUGUGGAAAUAUUGAAAAAGGUGAAGAAGCCUGCAAAACUGCUUUAAAAUUAGCAAGAAAGAUGAAUCAUGCUGUUGCAGAAGAAGAUGCAGCCGAAUGCUUAAAAGAAUUAAAUAUGCAUAAAUCCCAUUGAUUUAUUGUUUAACUUGUGUUUCAACUGUAAAUAAGUAGAUAUUUUAAUUUUGUUUUUCAUGUUGUUGAAUUCUUGUAAAAAUGUAUGAAACAGAAAUUAAAUUACCUUCAGCAUUAAUAAGUUCAUGUCUUUUAAAAUAGAAAAAUUUCAUUUUUUUAACUAUGUUUUUGAAAUUUUCUUUAUAGUAAAUUCAAUUUUAUUUUAUUAUAAAUAUUUGAUUUUAAUUUUAAAUAAAUUCUUGUCCUGUAAGCUUUUUAAAAGAAUAUGUUUAAAUUGUUAAAAAGAAAUAUUGUUGACUAUUUAAUAGUAUUUAUUAGUUUCAAUGUAAAAAAUAACAGAAAAUUACAACUCAAAUCAGCAGUACAUAGAAAAUUACGUCAUUAUAAAAAAAUUUCUCCAAGACUGUUAAAAGAUUUCCCACAGUUAAACAAUUUAUUUUAUUGCACACAAUCCCAGUUGAGACUAAUUUUAUAUAAUUAAUAGGUGUGAUGAUACACUCUAUGUAUCUCGCAUGUUGUUGAUCAUGAAUGAUCUCACAUGCAAUUCUGAUUUUAGUAUAUGCUAUAAAAAUUCAUUUAUACAAUAUAAAUUUUUGAGUUGGUAUUGAAGAAAUAUACAGGAUAUCAAAUUCUAUUCUCCCAGAAUUAAAAUUUUAUUCAUAGGAUUAUUAUUAAUAGCCUAUGCAUAAACAUAAUUUAAUUUCGUUAAAUUCUAUAAUAUAUAUAUUACUUUAAUUGAAAAUUGUAUCUGUUGGUAAUUAUAAUCAUAACCUAAUAUUUUUAUCUAUACA